CCAUCACAGUUCUGUCACCGACACGGAUCGAGAACGGGCACUGAAUUCCUUCAUAACGAUGUGGAACUACGUGCUAAUCUCGACCCUUGUGUUAUUUGUGUCGUUGCUGUAUCAUUGUUAUUUCAACAGUCCAGCUAGCAUUAUCGAGCACCCUAAUACACAUUAUGAUUACAUAAUCGUUGGUGCUGGAACAGCAGGAUGCGUCCUGGCAUCACGACUUUCCGAAAAUUCGAACCUAUCCGUUCUGUUAAUCGAAGCGGGCGGCCAUUUUGGAUGGGUAUCAACUGUUCCAAUUUUGGCGCCAGUUAUGCAAAGAACCGAGGUCGACUGGUCCUAUUCAACGGAACCCCAGAUGUUCUCUUCGAAAGGAUUUUGGAAUCAUAUUCAAAAAGUUCCAAGAGGUAAAGGGUUGGGUGGGAGUGGCCAGAUAAAUCAUUUGGUUCACUCCUUCGGAAAGCCGGAAGAUUAUAAAGCCUGGCCCAAAGGAUGGUCACACGCCGAUCUACUUCCGUACUUUAAAAAGGUGUCCGAUAUCAUGAACGUAAUGUCCAGCCCGGAGGAGGAAUAUCUGGCGGAAGCUUUUCUCAUGGCGGAAGAAUCGUUGAAGUUGAAUAAUGUGACUCUACAAAAGGGGCUGUAUACCACUAAAAGAGGUUCCCGGUGGAGCACAUUUAACGCUUAUUUAGAAAAUGCCUGGAACAGAAAGAACUUGCACAUUCUCACGAACACGUUGGUCUCUAAAAUACUUUUUAAAGAGAAUUCGGUCGCAGACGGGAUCAAGGUGAUUUAUAAAGACGGAUUGGUGGGAAAGAUUGGAGCCAGAAAAGAGGUGAUUCUUUGUACGGGUGUUAUCAAUACUCCUCAAUUGCUCUUGCUUUCGGGAAUCGGACCGGCUGAAGAACUUGAUAAAUUUCAGAUACCUGUGGUGAGCAAUCGUCCGGAAGUGGGCAAGAAUCUCUUCGACCACUUUAUGCUUCCGGUUUAUGUUAAUCUGGAGGCAAGAGUGAGUAUAACUUUGUUCAAGCUCCAAACACUUCCUGAGGUGCUCAAUUACUUCAUGUUUGGAAGAGGAUGGUAUGCAACCAAUGGUAUAAUGGCUGUAGGUCGCUCGAAUGAUAGCGGUGUCAUGCUUUUUGGAGUGGGUUCUGCCGAUGAAAAGAUAUUGAAGAGUUUGUCUAAUUACAAAACAGAGCCUUACAGGUCGCUCUAUCCAUCCUACGACAACAGCUCUCGAGAAGGAUUUAUAUUCCUAUCUUUUUGUUUACAACCAAAAAGUCGUGGGAGUGUUUCAUUAAGAUCUACCAAUAUUCGUCAUCAACCGAGAAUUAAUCCUGCUUACCUUCAACACUACGAUGAUGUACUCUGCACUCAUCGGGCUAUAAACUUUGCCAUUCAGACGCUCGAGACACCCAAGUUUCGUGAGUAUGGCGCAAAGGUUCAUCACCCUGAUCUAGAUGAGUGUCGAGACCUGCAACAAGACUAUCGGGACGUCGAAUACACGGAGUGUGUAUUGAGAGUCGGCGGUCUCACGAGUUACCACAUGUGUGGUUCCUGCAGGAUGGGUGCUGAUGAUCAUGCAGUUGUCGACGAGAAAUUACGAGUUAAAGGAGUGAAUAAACUCAGAAUAGUAGACGCCAGUAUACUACCGACUCCAAUUUCUGGAAAUCCGAAUUCCGUGCUAAUUGCUAUAGCGGAGCGAGCGAGCGAUCUGAUCGCGAAUCAGCCACACAACUGA